CCAAAACACAUCUUUUGCGCCCACUUUAGCUGAAGUCAGCCUAUCAUGAGACGAGCAAAUUCUUCCAUUUUAAAGCAAGUAGCAUAUCAACUAAAUUGAAUUUGUUGCUCCUUUAAUUUCAUGCGCCACAAAUACUUUUAUCACAAUUAACAAUUGAACUCUUAGAGACAAUUUGCCUCAGGAAUCUUUUUACCCGACGUUCUCUGAACGAAGUCUCCGCUCGCUUUAUCAAAUAUGAAUGACCUUGCGCAAUUUCAUCUCUGCGAUGAUCAUUUAGUGCUCUUCACGCUGCCUCUCGAGUGAUAAGAUAGGAACAUUUUCCCACACUAUCUAAAAGCAAAACAAAUCAUUAUUCAACAGCAGUGCAGUGCAGCAAGGCUUCACUUUCAGCGUUUCCUUCUCAUUCGGCAACAUUAGAGAAGGAAGAUGACUGUCAGUCUCCCGAAAUGUCUGCAGCCACUCUACGAGGGCAUCAACACACAAACUUAUCCUGAAAAAGACUUCCCCAAGCCUCCACCUUGGCUCGACCCGUUGCUCUUGACCCGAGGCCAAAACUUUGCCAAAGAACACUUCUACGCCCUUGCAUAUUGCGACAUCCUGUCCCUGAUUUUCCUGUUCUCCUUCAAAGACAGUCUCGACCCUCUGAUUUUCACUGGGAAUUCUUCUUGCGUCUUUUCUGCCUUCAACCGAUACGUUUCAACUGCAAGCAGAGUCGUCUCGUGGUACGAGAGCGACAUUUUCGAUCCAACUUCCAAAGCUGGAAAAAACUUGGCCUCGGUAAGACAAAUGCAUCGGCACGUAAUCGACAGGCUGAAAAACGCGCAGGCGAAAGAGUUUGCUGAACGGACAAAAAUUGAAAGACCGAUGGCCAGAAUCGCUCCUUUUCUGAAAAAAGAUUUGGAUCAAAUGAAAGGAUUGGACAAACAAGCGCACAGUGUCGGCACUUUGCCCCUUAACCAGUGGCACUCUGGAAUCACCCAAUUUGCGUUUAUUGGAAUGGCUGUAAUGUAUCCAGAGAAAUUGGGCAUUGGAUCACACACUGAGGCCGAUUUGGAGGCUCUGGUUCACUUGUGGGCCGUGCUGGGGUACAUGAUUGGCAUCGAGGACAAGUACAACUGGUGCAUUGACGGUCUGCAAAAAUUUCGAGAAAGGGGUCUCGCCUUGAGAAGAAGUUGUAUUUUGCCGAAUUUGCGAAAUGGCGACGCAAGCUGGGAGCACAUGUCGAGGUGCAUGGGACGGGGCACAGGACUGUACAUGCCAUCAGUAACUUUCGAAAGUCUCCUGUUGUACUUGAUGUUUGUAUUAAAUGCACCGAUGAAUAAUUUGUGGGCAGUAAUCUCAUGGCGUCACAAAAUUUUGUACUGCAUUUCAAAGAUCAUGCUUACGAUAGUAAUUUAUUUGCCAGGAGCAAAAGAAUUUUUCAAUCACUUGACUCGAAUGGGGCUCAAAGUUGCUCAAAAUGCAAACCCUGAUUGGUUGCAAAGGGCUAAAGAAAAGGCAAUGAUUUACGAAGAAAAUUUUAAACGUGUUAAGCAUGAUUGAGAAUGUAAGGCUUUAGUCACUUAAGUAAGGGAGUUACGAGAGCAAUAUUUGCAUGUGAUACGAAUUAUACUCAAAAAUAAGGUAGUCACAAAAUUUUACGAGGAGAAAUUAAAGUAGUAUAAUAAAAACUAAUAAAAAACUUAAAUUAAGCUUCUUCU